AUGGCCACCUCGACGACUUCCCCGACCUCCAGCCCUUCCCUUACGGCGACUACCGCCACGCCCACCAUGGCGGCCGCCACGGGCGCUGCCCAGCCGUUCCACACGGCGUCGCUCUACGUCGGAGACAUUCAUCCGGACGUGACGGAAGCGCUGCUGUUUGAGAUUUUUAACGCCGUGGGGCCCGUCGCCAGCAUCCGCGUGUGUCGCGACGCCGUGACGCGCCGCUCGUUGGGCUACGCCUACGUGAACUUCCACAACGUGGCGGACGCCGAGCGGGCGCUCGACACGAUGAACUUUACGAGCAUCAAGAGCGUGCCCUGUCGCAUCAUGUGGUCGCAGCGCGACCCGUCGCUCCGGAAAUCGGGCGUUGGCAACAUUUUUGUCAAGAACUUGGACCUGUCCAUUGACAACAAGGCGCUCUACGACACGUUUUCGCUGUUUGGCAACAUUUUGAGCUGCAAAGUCGCGAUCGACCACACAACGGGCAAUAGCAAAGGCUAUGGCUACGUGCACUAUGAGACAGCCGAGGCGGCAACAGAGGCCAUUGCCAAGAUUAAUGGCAUGCUCAUUGCGGGCACCGAGGUGUUUGUCGGUCAUUUUCAGAAGCGACAGGACCGUCCGGACGCAGACGACUGGACUAAUUGUUAUGUGAAGAACAUUCCCACCAAGUGGACGGACGCGGACUUGCUCAAGGAGUUUGAGCCAUUUGGCCACGUGCUCAGUGCCGUGGUGAUGAAAGACAAUGCCAACCCGGAUCAGAACCGCGGGUUUGGCUUCGUCAACUAUGACGACUCGGACUCUGCCCAUCGAGCGGUAGAUGCCUUGAACGGCAAGUCGUACCCGGUUGGCGAUGGCGUGGAGACGGACAUUUACGUGGGCAAAGCCCAAAAGCGCACGGAGCGCGAGCGUGAGCUGCGCAACAAGUUUGAGCAGCUCAAGAUGGAGCGUAUAAACAAGUACCAGGGCGUGAACUUGUAUGUAAAGAACCUGGACGAUCAGCUGUCGGACGACGAGCUGCGCGAAGCUUUUGCAGAGUGCGGCACUAUAACGUCGUCGCGUGUGAUGCGCGACCCGAACGGAAACUCGCGUGGCUUUGGUUUCGUAUGCUUUUCGACCCCGGAGGAGGCCAACAAAGCUGUAGCAGAGAUGAAUGGCAAGCUGAUUGUAGGCAAGCCCGUGUACGUAGCGCUAGCGCAGCGCAAAGAGGUCCGUCGCGCGCAGCUCGAGGCCCAGCACGCUCAACAGCGCGCUGGCAUGGCCAUGGGCCGCGGCAUGCCGAUGGGUCAGCCGCCCAUGUACGGUGCGGCCCCGAUGUUCUAUGGCCAGCCUGGCCAGCUUCCGCCCCAGGCCCGUCAGGGCUUUAUGUACCCACAACAGAUGAUGCCGCGUGGUGUCCAGCGGGGCCCGAUCCCGUACGGUGCUCGUGUGCCAGGCGCUCCGGCUCCCGGUGGCUACCCGAUGCCUGGGUACGGCAUGCCGAUGCAGCAGCAGCGCGGUCAGCCGCGUCGUGGUCGCCAGGGACCUGGUCCUCAAGGACCUCAGGGUGCUCCUGCGAACCGCCGCAACUUUAAGUACACGGCAAACGCUCGCAACCACCCGGCUCGUGAGAUGCCGCCUCAAGGCGUGAUGCCGCCGGCCGCUCCCGUGCAGAAUGCAGGACCAGAGCCGUUGACGUCGGCUGCAUUGGCCGCGGCUUCCCCGGAGAUCCAGAAGAACAUGAUUGGUGAGCGUUUGUACCCGCUGAUCCACCGCCAGCAGCCUGAAUUGGCCGGCAAGAUCACAGGUAUGCUACUGGAGAUGGACAACGGCGAGCUGUUGCACCUGCUGGAGAGUCCGGAGGCACUGGAGGCUAAGAUCCAGGAGGCGCUGGCGGUUCUGGAGGCCCACCAAGGCUAG